AAGGAAAUUUUUAUUACAAAUUCAAGUGAAUUUGAUUGUAUGUUCAUAACAUAAUUCAAGUGACUUCAAGUGAUUGUAUGUCACUCCGGAAACUUAGUAUGUUCAUAAACUAGUAUUAUUAUUUAAAUCUAAUUUAUUAGUCUGAAUUUUUGAACUAAUUCAACUUGCCUUAUCUGUAAUGCUGUGCUCUUUACAAUCUCUCUCUCCUCCACAUAAUCUGCGAGAGCCAAUUCUGUUCUUUCCCAAUUCCCUUCCAUGGCUGCCUCUACACUCUCCCGUGCUACCCCUUCACAGAAUGGGAUGUUCUUUUCAUUCCAAGCUCUAAUGUUGAAGUCAAGAAGGACACAAUUUAGAGAGAGGGAAAAGAGCAUAAAAAUCACAUGCCAGGCCACCAGCAUUCCAGCUGACCGAGUGCCGGACAUGGGUAAGAGGGAGCUCAUGAACUUGCUUCUUUUGGGUGCUCUUUCGCUUCCCACUGCCGGCAUGUUGGUCCCUUAUGCCACCUUCUUUGCUCCACCCGGGUCGGGAGGUGCUGGAGGCGGUAUUGUGGCAAAGGAUGCCCUCGGAAAUGAUGUCAUUGCAUCAGAGUGGCUAAAGACACAUGGACCCGGAGACAGAACCCUUACUCAAGGAUUGAAGGGAGAUCCCACAUACCUUGUGGUGGAGAAUGACAGAACCCUUGCAACCUAUGGUAUUAAUGCAGUCUGCACACAUCUGGGAUGUGUUGUGCCAUGGAAUGCUGCUGAGAAUAAGUUCAUUUGCCCCUGCCAUGGAUCUCAGUACAACAACCAAGGGAGGGUUGUGAGAGGCCCUGCUCCUCUGUCAUUGGCUCUGGCCCACGCAGAUGUUGAUGAUGGGAAAGUCUUGUUUGUUCCAUGGGUGGAAACAGAUUUCAGAACAGGCGACACUCCAUGGUGGGCUUAAAGUCCCUCCUUUGAAGUUAGUUAUUUUUUCUUGUGUUUUCAACUUACGGUGUGUCAAAUUACAUCAUUUGUUAUACCCCAAACACUUGUAAACUUUUAUACAAUUGUGCAUUGCUUUUCAAUUACUGAUCUCCUAGUAUCGAUUCAAGUGAUGACCGCAUUGUCG